AUGCCAGAAUCGCAGACGCGUCCCUUUGGACCGUACAAGACGUUGAUGCUUGGAAUUGACGACAAUGGCCCCGAAAACAGCACGGCGUCAGGCCAUUUUCUCCCAAUCCUCCUAAUCAUUCCCCAGAAAAACUCGCAAGGUCGAGGUUCAAUUCGGCGGAUCGCGGCCGUCAACCAUGCCCACACACUUGCAUGGUGCGCGACGCGACGCGGUGCACUGCCCAAAGAGGCCAGAGAUGCCUCACAGGCCACCAUGCUCCUCACGAGCAGAUACCUCCCUAACGGGGCAACCCGCCAAACGGGGAUGUGCACUAGGGCCGGGGUCCGAGGCAGGCGCGGCGAUCCACCCCUUCCAGGCGAGUUGAAAGCUCACACUGGCCAGACCAUGGAGACUGGGUGGAAGCCUGGAGCUUGCGAGGCAGCACUGAUGAAGCAAUCAGGUGACCGUGCACGCAAUCACCUGCCGGGCAAUCGCAAAUUCACAAUCUCUGAUUCCCCGGUGAACCAAGCGUGGUCCCAAACCUCAAUCCCUGGUGUUUGACCGGCCUGUUGUUUUCCUUUUUCUCGGUCUCUCGGGAGCUGUGCUCACAGACUGCGUCGCGGUCCCUCCUCGAACGGCACCAGCAAUGUAAAAGAUGCUGGUUGCGGCCAAUAAACUGCUCUUCAGCGCCCCGCCAAACCCACCACCUUGGCCAAUCAACAGCCAUCUCAUUUAGAGCUUGCCGCGUGGCCAAUCAGCGACCCUUGGUGCCCUACAUCAG